AACCUGAUUAUUGCCUACCAGCCCGUGAACCCCAUAAUAAGCACCAUACAACAUUAGAAAGCUUUACGUCGCGUUGUCUGGCGACGCACGCAGCUGCUGGAGCGUGUGAGUCAUAGCUGCACCACAUGGCUGGGACCAAGGUGAGGAGGUCCGCCCGAGAGGCUGGGAGAAGGGGGGAGAGCAGAGGGAGAGGACACACCCACAUUGUAAUCCUUUUCCGUCUAGUAAACAUCAAAUAGCAGCACGUUUAUACAUCAUUCGGAUGAUGGGAUUGCAUGCAUUUUCCGACCCGCCUUGCAUCUGACCAAGCUGCCAUCUGUCAUUGGAAGUCUGUUUUUUGCCUUGGCCGUGGACAUCAGCUCAGAUGUGUAGGCUAUGAAGAGUCAAGGUAGCCUACUCAGCUAGCGCAAAUAAGGGGUGAAUGCUUUUGACAAACCAAUAAAGACACUCAUAGAAACCACUCAUAAGCAGGCCAAGCCAAUGGCGCAAGAAACAAAACAUCUAACAGGGGUAAAAGCUAUUUUUGAAAGCUAAGUGCUUGCUUAACAUACACUGGCUUCUGAACUGACAAAGGGUGAACAUAGUGCUAUGUAUUUUACUAUUAUGUGGCUCUGUCAAACAACAUCCCCCAGAUGUCAGUCAUCAUGAAUAGAUUGUGACAGGCAGCAUGAUGGAGGAAGCACACUCUGAGGAAUGCUCCUACCACACAGUGCUGCUUAGCUAGUAUUUCUAGAUGAAUGGGUUGGGCGGUGGCUACAUGGCUUCCAUGUUAUCAGACAUCUCAGAUUCUGAAUCUUAGUGUACGGUAGAGAGUGGAUCUUAAAAUAGACCGCAUUCACCUGCUGAGUCAGGGUGGUUCAGAAUCAGUGGUGCCCAGCCGGACCUACGACUGUGUUACUGCCCCCUUCAGGCCGGGGCGAAACCUGCACCCAAAUACACAGGCCAAACAAUGGGACUGCUCCUCACAAUGUGGUUGUUGGGUUUUGAGUUACAUUUGUCCUAUAUGGUGUGUGUGUGUGUGUGUGUGUGUGUGUGUGUGUGUGUGUGUGUGUGGGGGGGGGGGGGGGUGGGUGGGUGUGUGUGUGGGUGUGCGCGCGCGCAUGUUUGUGUUUGUUUGUGCUGUGUCGGUUUUUAGAUACAUGUUACAUGCCUCUGCGUUGUCUGGAAUCAGAAUCUCCGGUUAAAUUUUUUUCCAUCUUUAUAUUGUCUGUUCUAUUUUGAACAGCAGUGGGAUUUGAAAUAGAAGACGUAAUGAUGUAAUGUUCUGCAACAUGGUAGCAUAUAAGCAUUGGGUCAAAGUACUACAUGUGUGCAGUAGUGAGUAGGCCUAGUCGAUAGGUCAACACGACACAGAGUAGUUCGACUAAUAAGCCUAUAUCUAUAUCAAUCUAUAUCCACACAUAUCUGUGUAUCUAUAUUUAGGCAUAUCGUUCUUCAUACACUAUCAUAAAGGCUCGACAUUUUAUAAGGUAUUUAAAUUUUUUGAAGUUAAAGUUUUUGUAUUCAAAAACACUUAGCGGGAUGAACACCGUGAACACCGCUUGAACCGAAUGACCCAAAGUGAUCAUAGUGAACAGAAUGAACACGGUGAUCAUAGUGAACACGGUUAUUAUAGUGAUGUUAGCGAACAGAAUUGAUGCAGUGAUUAUGGUGAGCAGAAUGAAACACAGCUUGAACACGCCACCGGGAGCGACAUGACGUUGCCACGGCAACCGAUCACCACUCUGCCCUGUUCAGCUUUGUAACAUCCGAGACACGGGGGUAAGUGUUUAGUUACCGUAAAUAACCGUCUAUCUACUUCUGUUUUACCGGGACGUUGGUCGAAGACAGCUCAAACCGUGAUCUGAUAAGCUAAGUUAAACUCUGAUCACUUCAGAUCAAACUUUUACUUUGAAGGCGCGGCUGAAGUAGGCCAGAGAAGCGUUUGAUGUUAUUGUCCGUCGAGCUCACGAGGCAAAGGACCACCUGUUUGAAGACAGGAGGAUGCGAGCUCAUAGGCAAACCACGGGGGUCCACCCCGAAGGCAUGUCCCUCACACCGAUGGUCAACAGGUAUAAACUGCACCUGGCAGCGGUGAAGUCUCUGGUCCCGGAGAAGCUGCACAGGACAGCGAAUCUUAAUGAGGAGACAGACCCUCGGUUCUGUGAUCCUACAGGAGAGAGAAACACUCACCCCUCACUGACAAAGAACUACUCAAAAACAGACCAGCGGUCUGCCGGGGGCCGGAGGAGGCCGGAGACCCCAUCGGUGCUCCUCCUGGCUGGGAGGUGUUUGGACUCCGUCCACGGAGGCGCCUCAGACCUCCAGCCCAACCCCGGAGACAGGCCGAGAAGGCCGGCCCAGAGUGCAGGGCACAGGAAGGAUGGCAGCACCUUCCCCCCUCCUAGACAAUCAGGUGAUUGGGAAGAGAUGGACGAGGGUUCGUUACACGGGCUCCCCAGUACCUUGUUGUCCCGGGAGGUUGUGGGGUCCAGCUCUGAGCGGAUUGACCUGGACAGGCGCUGUCUGGACGCGUGCCCCCAGCUGGGCUGUAUGGACGGGCUGCGUCUGCUCAACCUGCAGCACAACCGGAUCCCCAGGGUGCUGCAUCUCUCCCAGCUGCAGCGGCUGGUGUUUCUGGACCUCUACCACAACCAUCUCUGUGACAUGGCCGGCCUGGAGGGCCUGCUCUCCCUCAGGGUGCUGAUGCUGGGCCAGAACAGAAUCCAUAAACUGAGUUGUCUGGAAAACCUGUCCAAACUGGAAGUUCUGGAUCUGCAUGCAAAUCAGAUCACCAGGAUAACCAACGUGUCCCACCUGGGCCGGCUGCGCCUUCUCAACCUGGCAGGAAAUGACAUCAGCCGCGUGGAGAACCUGCAAGGUCUGGACUCCCUCACUGAACUCAACCUCCAACGCAACUGCAUCUCCUCUGUGACGGAGCUGGAAACCCUUCCCUGCCUGCAGCGCCUCUUCCUCAGCUGGAACAACAUCAGCAGCUUGGCAGGGAUCGCCUGCCUCGGAGACUCCUGCCCCCUCUCUGAGCUCACCCUGGAUGGGAAUCCUGUAGCCCUGGAGACAUGGUACAGACAGGCCGUCCUACGCUGUGUGCACCUCAAACAGCUGGACAUGAAGCGGAUCACAGACGAGGAGCGGCGUAUGGCUGCUGUCCAGGCUCGGAGAGAGGACGAGAAGAAGAAGGAGACGCACAAGCAGGCGGUUCAUAAGGAGAAGCGGCGGCUGGCCAUCCGUAAUGCGGCCCAGCAGUGGGAGGGGGUCCGGGCCAGCCUGGAGCCCCCCCCUCCCAAUGGAGCCAAGGAGGAGGUCAGUCCGGAGAACAGCCCCGCCCACAGCCCCGCGCAGACCAAUGGCAUCGCCCAGGAGCCCUCCCCGGACGAGCCAAAGCGGGUCAGCCCCCUGUCAGGACCCGAGAAGCCCACCAUCGCCAGUGAGAACCGACUCCGCGUGACCAGCCGUCCCAACAGCCCCCGAGACCCCAAGCUCCUGGAGGCCGGCUCCACGGUGCAGAUCCUGUCGCUGUCGGAGCAGCACCUGGCGGAGCUGGACGGGGACACGCUGCGGCUGGUGGGCCCCGGGGCCCUGGAGGCCCUGGAGCGCGGCUGGGGCGCGCAGACCGCUGGCGCCGUCUGCACCAUCACCUUCCGCUACGUCCAGUUCGACGCCAUCGUGCCCACGCUGCCCCGCAUACGAGUCAAGUUCCCCAACCUCACGCACCUGGUCUUCAUGGAGACCAACCUGAGCCGGCUGGUCCAGCUGGCGGCUCUGGCCCAGCUUAGGCGGGUGGAGCAGCUCACCAUCCACCCCGAGGGGAACCCGGUGGCCAGCCUGGCCCUGUGGCGCCCCUUCCUCAUCUACCGCCUGCACCACUUCAACCUGCAACGCCUCAACGGCCUGGAGGUGACCAUGAAUGAUGUCAUAGCGGCAGAGCGAGUGUUCGGGACCCUGGGUCUGGUGGCCGCCACCGAGACGCCGCGCUGCCGCCUGCUGCUGCUGCUGGAGGAGUCCCGGAAGCGGCAGCUGCAGUUUCACCUGGAGGGGCGUGGCCGGCGGCCGGGCCAGAGCCCAGAGGAGCUGAGGGAGAACGGGAAGCUGCUGGGGGAGGGGCUUAGCCGGGCGCUGUUCAACUACCCGUGCCGGGACGGUGCCAGCGACAGCUCCGAGGAGGGCGCUGUGGAGCCGUCGGAGCGUGCCGCCAACACCCAGCAGUACCUGCAGGAGCUGGUCCAGCGGGCGUCCGACACCCACCUGAAGGGAGAGGCGCUGCACAAGCUGUGGCCCUCCCUGUUUGUGGAGAUGGUGAGGGACUGCGUGUUGGACAUGAGGGACCGGCCGUCCUACCGCCAGGCCUGCCUCCUCAGACUGUCCCACAGCAAGUGAAUGGGGCCAGCCAUGUGGAGCCAUACAUCAACACAGAGACACACACACACACACACACACACUGACUGUAACAUACACAAAUGACACAGAGAGACACACACAGGGAGACACAGACACGAAGAGACACACACACACACAAACACCAAACACACACGGAGAGACACACACACACACGUACAUAAAUACGCACACACACACACUGACUGUAACAUACACAAACAACACAGAGAGACACACGGGGAGACACACACAGACACUUCAGACACACGCACACGCACACAUAAUGACUGUAACACACACAGACACACACACAGCGACUGUAACAUACACAAACGACAACACAACGCAUGCACACACAUACACAACACCAAACACAAAGCAAACAGGCAUUCAAGAAUAAGUCGUGCUUGCCAACGUUAUCCGGACCGAAACACGUCGUCAUGUGGUCACUCAUUAGCCAUUCACGUCUCUGGAAGCAGAGGAUUAUCUCCGCUUGUGUAUUUGCGGCCGAAGCCUGGAGAUGGUAGCAGAGAGAAUGUUCUGAAGACCGCCCAGCGUGCACGUCUUGUCUGAAUGUACGUCCUCACGCGAAGAAACCGACCGUCAUCGGCGCUUUGAUUCCUGUCCCGUAUCUGGUGCUCUGCAACACCUCAUGCACCUGGGAAGCCUUCAGAGAGGGACCAAGUUUUACACCAUCAUAACCCCUGUCCUGUCCCCCUCUCCCCUGAGACUAACAUCACUGCUCCGUGUCUUAACUCGGCCCCCCACAUCUCUCCCUCGUCUCUCAUUCCCCCAUGCGUCUCUCACUCCCUCUGCCUGACGACAGGACCUAUAACUCCUAUAUCCUUUGUUGUUUUUCUGUUUCUUUGAUGACCUCUUUGUGUGAUUUUCUGUAUGUAUUUAGGAUUAAACUAUUCCCUGUCACAUGUGA